AUGGCGGUGGCGGCUGCCGCGGCACCUGGGGCCUUGGGUACCUUGCAGGCCGGCCGUGCCCGCUUGGUGGCCGCUUGCUGUGCGCGGCUAGGCCCCAGGUGGAGGCUGCCCGGUUCCUGGACGUGCUCGCGGGUCGACUCGACGAUAUGGGCCCGGGGCUGGACGCCCGCGGCCGGGGGAGCGGCCUGGCCGAGGGGCUACAGCGCAGAGGUUAAGACUGAGGACGAGCUGCGGGUGCGGUACCUGGAGGAGGAGAACCGAGGAAUUGUGGUGCUUGGAAUAAACAGAGCCUAUGCCAAAAAUUCAUUGAGUAAAAAUCUUAUAAAAAUGCUCUCAAAAGCUGUGGAUGCUUUAAAAUCUGAUAAGAAAGUACGGACCAUAAUAGUCAGAAGUGAAGUCCCUGGGAUAUUCUGUGCUGGUGCUGAUCUUAAGGAAAGAGCCAAAAUGAGUUCCAGUGAAGUUGGUCCUUUUGUCUCCAAAAUAAGAGCAAUGAUUAAUGAAAUUGCUAAUCUUCCAGUGCCAACCAUUGCAGCAAUUGAUGGACUUGCUUUAGGUGGUGGACUUGAACUGGCUUUAGCAUGUGAUAUAAGAGUAGCAGCUUCCUCUGCAAAAAUGGGCCUGGUUGAAACAAAGUUGGCAAUUAUUCCUGGUGGAGGGGGAACGCAACGACUGCCGCGUGCCAUUGGGAUGUCCCUGGCGAAAGAGCUCAUCUUCUCUGCGCGUGUGCUCGAUGGCCAAGAAGCCAAGUCAGUGGGCUUGAUCAGCCAUGUUCUAGAACAGAACCAGGAGGGGGACGCCGCCUACAGAAAGGCCUUGGACCUAGCAAGAGAGUUUUUACCUCAGGGACCUGUUGCAAUGAGAGUGGCAAAAUUAGCAAUUAAUCAAGGAAUGGAGGUCGAUUUAGUAACAGGAUUAGCCAUAGAAGAAGCAUGUUAUGCUCAGACCAUUCCAACAAAAGACAGACUUGAAGGUCUUCUUGCUUUUAAAGAGAAAAGGACCCCUCGCUAUAAAGGAGAAUAG